AUAUGGUAUGGUCUGUAGGAUAAACAUAACUAGGGACACACUAUUAAUAAGUAAGCAGUGACCUAAAAUACAUUUCAUGCAUAUGCAUUGAGAGAUUCAGAUCUUCUUCCCAGCCUUCCUUCGCUCUUCGAAGAGAAGAUCUUUUCCUCAAGCUCAAGCUGUCAAGCUGGUCUUACCUUCAUUUCGUUUCGUUUUGCUAGCUCGAGUUUUAUCUUGACUGGUGAUAUUGGUGGGGUCCAGUCGAUGAUGCUUGAAAGUAAGUUUAUGUAUGUUUGUUAUUGUGUCUGCGUAGUGUCUGCGGUAUAUGGGAAUGAGGGAUCUCAAUGUGGUCUGUGAUGGUAGAUUUGAUACAAUGACACGGGGUUGACGCUCUGACUUUUCGACGCCCUGACUUUUCGACGCCUUUGCUCUAGCAUACCUUAAUGAUUUGAUUGUAGAUCUGCAUGUGAUUUAAAGUGCUAAGCCAAGAUCUGUGCUUCUGGCAUUGCUGGAUUCUGGGAGGGACAUUGAUUAUUGGCAGGAAUUAGUUGCUAAUGCCUUGUAUAUAAAUGAAAGCAAAUCAGGCCUGGCGUUUAGGCAUGAAAGAUAUGCAGAUAUUGCCUGCAGCUCGGCAGCGAUCUCAGUUAAAAAAGCCUACAUGGAUAAUCAUUUUGGUUUCUUUGGUUAGCUUGUUUCUGAUCUGUGCUUAUAUGUACCCUCCUAAAAAUUCUGCUGCCUGUUAUGUAUUCUCAACUCAUGGUUGCAAUUCCGAUUGGGUCCCCCCUACUCCCGCAAGAGAGUUAACAGAUAAAGAGAUAGCAUCCCGUGUUGUAAUUAGUGAUAUUCUAAAUACGCCUGUGGUUAUAUCAAAGAACCCCAAGAUUGCAUUCCUAUUUUUAACCCCUGGUGCCUUGCCAUUUGAGAAGCUUUGGGAUAAAUUCUUCCAGGGUCAUGAAGGAAAAUUCUCUGUUUAUGUGCAUGCUUCCAAGGACAGGCCAGUGCAUUUCAGCCGUUACUUUUAUAAUCGGGAGAUCCGUAGUGAAAAGGUAGUCUGGGGGAAAAUUUCAAUGGUUGAUGCAGAGAGACGGCUUUUGGCCAAUGCUCUGAAAGAUCCUGACAAUCAGCAUUUUGUACUUCUCUCUGAUAGUUGCAUACCCUUGCGAAAUUUUAACUACGUGUACAACUAUCUGAUGUACACAAAUGUCAGUUUCGUCGACUGCUUUGAGGAUCCAGGCCCACAUGGAAGUGGUCGUUAUUCAGAGCAUAUGCUACCUGAAGUUGAAAAGAAAGACUUCCGAAAGGGUGCACAGUGGUUCACAAUGAAACGACAACAUGCUGUUAUAGUUGUGGCUGAUAGUCUUUAUUAUACAAAGUUCCACGAUUACUGCAGGCCAAACAUGGAAGGAGGGCGUAACUGUUAUUCCGAUGAACACUAUUUACCAACCUUCUUCUAUAUGCUUGAUUCUUCUGGAAUUGCAAAUUGGUCAGUUACACAUGUUGAUUGGUCUGAGAGAAAGUGGCACCCCAAAUCAUACGCCGCCCGUGAUAUAACUUACGAGCUCAUGAAAAACAUUACAUCCAUUACUGAGAGUGUACAUGUGGGAAGUGAUUCAAGGAAGGAAGUUCAAACCAUGCCUUGUUUAUGGAAUGGAAAUCAACGACCAUGUUACCUCUUUGGGAGGAAGUUCCUACCAGAAGCUCUUGAUAACUUGAUGCAACUUUUCCCAAAUUAUACCUCUAUUUGAAUGCGGGAUUGAUGUAUGUAAGAAAAAUUCUUUGGUCAAUCCAAUUUGACCCGUUCUGCAUUUCUCAUGUAUCGCUGCUAUUGUAAAAGGCCCCCACGGUAUGGAAAGCUUGAGUGGUCAAAACCUAGCAAGCGCUCUACUUGUGGAGGGAGGAUCCAAUAUACUGGAUACAUAUAGUGAUUCAAGAAGCCCAGGAAAGUUGGUAGUCCUUUGCUGGGGGCAUUGGUAUUUUGUGUUAUUUUUUAACGCCUAUAUUUUGGGCUAUUUAUGUCAUUAGUAUUUGGACAAAAUUGUUGAGGAGUCAACUCCCACCCAUGUAUGCUCAAAUUUGUGAAGUUGUGUACAUUGCCCGGCUAAGACAUUGAAAUCUUGAUGUAUUUAUUACUCAUCUCAAAGAUUUGUAAGAUCCCUUGUAAUGUUGCUGAGUAUAACAGACUUCAAGCUGGUGUAACAUGUUUGCGGGCAUCCAAUUAAAAUGAUCAAUUGUUGGGAUAAGUGGCACUUCAAUGCCAAAGUUUUUUUAUAUAUAUACCUAUAAA